AUGCACCUUGCAGGCAUUUUGCUUAGCUAUGCCUCGGUCGGUAUGGCAUUUGUCCUCUCCGAUCCAAAAAUGUCGCUGAAUAGCAUACCAUUCUCAACGAGAGUACACUGGAUGCGCCAAGCCAACGCUGCGUUACAAGUUGUCACCGGGUCACCUUGCCCUUUUGCGGCUUUUGGUACCGUGAUUGUGAACCACACCAAUACCGAUGGACUUGGUGAUCUCGUCUCGGGUGCCGAAGUCUGGCUGCGUGAGAGCGCCGAAGCUGAUUACUAUUCCAUAGGAGAAAUGGCCGCUAUCAAGAACUGUACCGCGAUUCUGACUGACCCGAACGGCCGGUUCAAUUUGACUGCGUCUGAGGCCCAGGCUGCGUUCAGUGACCUGUCCCUCUAUACCAACGCGGAGAGCUGUCCGAUGUGUGCGUCUGGCAUUCGAUGGGCGGGGUUUCGUGAAUAUAUUUACGGCACGUCCAUUGAUCGACUCAUCGAAAAAGGCUGGGGUCAGAUUCGAAUCCCUUCGAUUGAUGUCUUCCAGGCUUCAUUUGACUUGCCCAAUACCGCUCGACUGAUGGGCAAUUUGCUCGUCAAUGAAACCGACCCAUUGUUCCUUUGGCAAUAUGAUUCAACGUAUCCGUGUCCUGCGGGGUGCUCUCGCUCCGGGGAGGUAGCUAUCACGAUUGACGUCAUGCACUCUUCGAUCUCGAUCCGCAAGGAGCUAACAUCGAUCGCGAUCGCGAUCGCGAUCUUGAAAGCGAACAGUGAUUUUUUCCUAAUUCACUUCACCUCUUUCCCGCAACAAAAUCUCACCUUGCUUUUCAAGCUCCAAGAUUGUACUCCGCCUCAGGAUCAAUCUCCAACAAUGAAACCUAAAGCAACCAAGCCAGUAGUUCUAUACUGGCAUCGGACCGAUCUUCGACUCCAUGACUCCCCAGCCUUAACAAGCGCACUCUCCCUCAAACCCUCCAUCUUCAUCCCAAUCUGGACCUGGGACCCGCACUAUGUCUACCAUUCUCGUGUAGGCCCGAAUCGCUGGCGUUUCCUCCUUGAAAGCCAAAAAGACCUAUCGAAAUCCUACACCGCUCUGAAUCCCAAGCAAAAAUUAUGGGUCGUGCGCGAAGCGCCAACGACUGUCCUUCCGAAAUUGUGGAAAGCGUGGGGGAUUACGCAUCUCGUCUUUGAACAAGAUACGGAUGCGUAUGCGCGGGAUAGAGAUGAGGGGGUCAUGAAGUUGGCGGAAAAGGAGGGAAUUGAGGUCAUUGUUAAAGUCGGUCGGACGCUCUUUGAUCCAGAUGCGCUAGUCAGGAAUAACCAGGGCAAACCGCUUGUGAGUAUGAGUCAGGUUGAGAGGGCGAUUGAUAAGAUCAAUGGGGGCAAGCCUGAUAGACCUGUUGAGGCGCCGAAGAGUGUGCCAGAUCCCUGGGAUGAGAAGAAGAUGGAUUUGAGUGGGGUUGAGUUUGAGGGAGUCGAGGUCGAGGGAGAUCUGAAUGCUGGGUAUCGGGUUCGGGAGGAUAGGCAGUACAGUCGGAUUAUGGGUCCGAAGGGGGACUUCGGGGUUCCGACACUAGAGGAGAUUGGGAUCGGGGAGGAUCAAGUGGAGGGUCCGCAUCAAGGUGGAGAGUCGGUUGCUUUGAAGAUUUUGGCCGGCUAUAUUGAGGAUGAAGAGUAUGUUGGUACAUUUGAGAAGCCGAAUACCUCACCGGCUGCUUUUGAGCCCCAGUCGACGACUUUACUGUCGCCACAUCUGCACUUUGGAUCGCUGUCUGUGCGGAAGUUCUUCUGGGAUGUUCAGGAUGUUUUCAGCAAACGGAAGAACGAGAAGAAGCAGAAUGCACCGAUCCCGGUGAACCUCCCUGGUCAGCUUCUUUUCCGGGAGAUGUACUUUGCUGCGCAAGCAGCUUUGGGAUACGAGUAUCAGCGGACAUAUGGCAACAGUCUGGUCCGAUUCAUCAAUUGGCAUUUGCAGUCCAAGACUCCCGAGGAAAUGGAGAAAGAAGGGCCGAGUGCUCAACCAUAUCAUGUGGAUUCACCUGAGGCCGAGGAAUGGUUCCAUCGUUGGCGAGAAGGCCGAACUGGAUUCCCGUGGAUCGACGCCUUGAUGCGACAAUUAAAGCGGGAAGGAUGGAUUCAUCACUUGGGACGACACAGUGUCGCCUGCUUCCUGACGCGAGGCGGAUGCUACAUAAGCUGGGAGCGAGGUGCUGAAGUUUUCGAGGAAUGGCUGAUUGAUCAUGAAACGGCCUGCAACAUUGGAAACUGGAUGUGGCUGUCAUGCACAGCUUUCUACAACCAAUACUAUCGCUGCUACUCGCCUAUUUCGUUCGGCAAGAAGUGGGAUCCCCAGGGAGACUUUGUGAGAAAGUAUUGUCCGGAGCUCGCAAAGUUUGAUAAGAAGUAUAUCUAUGAGCCAUGGAAGGCACCUAUUGCCGAUCAACGGAAAUGGGGCUGCAGAGUCACUGGGGAUGGAAGUGUCGAGUCCAAGAAAAAGAUGAAAGAGCAAGGUGAAGAGCAGACGUAUCCGAAGCCCAUGUUUGACUUUGACGAGAGACGCACAUUUUGCAUGGAUGCUAUGAAAAAUGCAUACAGCAUUGGCCUACACGGAGAUGAUAGUGAAGUCCUCGACGGAACCUGGAAGAAGGCGUUCGGGAUUGACGAAGGACCUAGCAAGAAGAAGCAAAAGACCAAAUAA